CUUUUGGGGACUGAUUUAACUCCCCAUAAAAGGCAAUUUUCCUGUCACUGAUCGGACUUUGGGUCCCGAUUCAGGGUCCAUUUUGAGAAUGCCUUGCAAAUGAUCACUGUCAGCUCAAAUGUGACCCCACAAAAGGGCCGGCCACAGCUUGUCGUUCAACUCUACGUCGGCCACCGAGCGUCUACAGACAAGAAUUGUCAAUGGCCAUUGUGACAUCUAUCAUUCUCGAAAGGAACUAUCGCGUCGACAUUAUUGUGGACCUCGUGAGGCUCUUUGGCCCUCCCAUUCUCAUAUUUUCAGCGGUAGUUUCCUUUAUCGUUCCUCGCACAGUUCUCGCUGCGAAUUUUUCGCGGCCUCUUCUCUAUGUGUUGAUAAGCGUGUUGUACUGGACUGCAAAAGUGCAAAUUACCCAAUGGAGGUACCGUCAAGAGGCCAAGAAACUGGGUGCGGUCUGCUUUCCUAAACUUCGGGGGAAAUGGCCUGGAAACCUGGACAUCAUUUAUCUUGGGAUGCGUUCACUCAAGGAGGGAUACAUCGCCGACUCUGAGGAAUUUUUCGGCGAUGGCGACACAUUCAAUAUGGGAGCGUUCUGGACGAAUAUCUAUGUUACUAGAAGUCCUACCUUCAUACAACACGCACUAGCGACGGAACCUGACUUCUUCCCCAUGGGAGAAGACCAGUGCACCUCGCUUCACGGAAUGUUUGGGAAUGGUAUUUUGGCAACUGAUGGCGCUGAAGCUAAGCCAAACAGCGUGUCCGGGACUUCGACCUUCUUGAUCGCUAUGCCCAGAAGGCCCUCGCUCUCAUCCAUGAGAGGGCUCAAUCUGGCCAAUCCAUCGACGUUCAAGACUUGUUCCAACGUUUCACUAUCGACAUUGCAGGAGAAUUUCUCUUCGAUACGACAGAACUUAACACUCUUGACCUACCGCUCCCCUUCCAGGACAAGUUAAGCCUGGUACAAGAGGAACUCUCGCGGAGGGACCUUAUGGUGGAACAAUCCACGCCAUUGACAGGCUUCAGGAUAUUUCUGUCCUUCGUAGCCUUAAGGGGAGGGCUUGGGGGCUUUUCGAGUUUUUGAAAGACGAAACGAAGGAGCACAAUAGGGUCGUUGAUCGAUUCAUUUUACCGCUCGUUGCUA